AUGAAGCAUUAUUAUUUUCUAACAUUACUCAUUAUUUAUUUUCGAACUCUUCGAGUUCGAAGUUGUCCGGACAAGGAAAUCCAGUACCCCUUGCCCUACACGGAUUUUUACCCAUUAAUCCCAUCUCUCAGUCAAUCUUCCACCAUUGUUCGAGACUCUUUUCUUCCCUUCAAUUUGCUCUACUCGCUCAAACACUCCGUGAAGAAAUUGGAAGCAGAUUUCAAAAAACAUAGAAAUGACCACCACGAAAACAAUCACCACCUCGUCCUGAUAAAUCCGUCCAGCCCUCGAUACUUGUAUCGGGAAGGGAUAACCCGACUAAAUAACGGAUCUAAUCCUCUUCCUCUAACAUCUAUGUACUCUUCAGAAGAUCGGGAUGCCUCCACGAAACAAAUGAUGAUCCCGACCGACAUUUCUUUGCGGGGUGAUGGCUCCUCCUGGAAAUUCGACGGGUAUUUAAGCGGUCUCAAUUCGAAAUAUGAGAAAAUGUACCACGACUUGGAAAAACUUUUUUCCAAAAGUGUCCCCUUACUCGAGGAAAUGUUUGCAUCCCUCUUGUCCAAAGAUGAGAUAAAAUUACCGAAAAAGUUGCAGGCAAUAUUUUCCCUGAAAUCUUUAACUCUUCCAAGUACGCAAAUCAAGAAAAUCGCUGCCAGUAAUUGGCACAAAGAAGGCAGGAAAAAUGAGAAGAUAGUCGCAACAAUAAUUUACUACUUGGACUUGGACAAUAUUUCCAAGGCGACUUUAUCUUCCCGAGUAAAACGAAGGGAUGGCGAGUAUACCGAUUUUAAUCCGAUAUCCGCAGCCCAAAACAGAAUCGUUGUUCUGCCAAAUAUUUAUGAACACAGGGCAGACCCAUUUUCUGUCGAUGAAGAUGGAAAACAAGGACGAAAGCGGACAAUCGUCAUAUUUUUGGUGGACCCAAACGCCCAUAUUUUAUCCACUUCAGAAAUUCCAGAACCACAAGAUGAGACAGAAAUUGGAUACCCGGAUUUCGAAGAGAGUGAUGACGCCGAAGAAACAAAGAGAUUCCAGAGAUCCCCAAAAGAUUGUGAUUAUCAUUACACGAUCAAUUUGUUUUAAAGAAUUAUUGAUAAAUUCAAAAUUAACUAUGCACAAUAUACAGUAAAUCCAAGAAGUAUAGGCAACCCCCCACGCAAGCUAAAUAAAAUUCGGUAUAAUUUUGGCAUGCAUUAUCAAAAAGCUUAAACUUGUCGAAUUAAUUUCGAGACGUAUUCCUGUUCUCAUUGCGUCAAGGGGAGGUGAUCUUCCCAAUUUUAGUUCAGCCUGAACUAAAAUACUCUUGUUGUAAGCAUGACAUACAUAUGUAUAAAAACAUUGUCUUUACAUGAUAACGAAUUUGGUAUCUAAUAAAUGUGAAACUUGCCAUAAAAGUAAU